AUGCUCGAUGGCUCGGCCGGCGUCAGGACUCAGUUGCUAAAGCUUUUUCGCGCAUUGCCCAGCGAAGACAUCCAAGAUCAUGUGAGCAAGGCUUUGCCUUACUUGCGUGCAGCUAUGACACAUCUAUCGCGGGAUAUUCGAUCCUCGUCCCUUGACUUUGUGUCCUACAUGAUCAAAGCCGCUGGCCCAGAAUUGAUCUCGUGCCCUGGUGGCUGGCACCAAACCUUGGAAUGCUUUACGACAGUCCUUGGCUGGAGGUCAGUCGACGCCAGCCGAUGGUCCUCCACUAAAGCGUCAUUUGCGGGGGACUCCAAGUCUACGGCUCGAAUAAUGCAAGUUCUUGCUGAAUUCUUGCAAGCUGGUCUUGUUGGGGACGAGCAAUCUCCAUCUAACACUAAUCCACUACUCGCACACUUUCCCCUCUGGGAAGUUGAAACACUCCUUGUGCCAGAGAGAUCUAAUGCAUAUGCUUAUCUGAAUCUCUUUGGGCCGCAGAUAGAGGACGAGACCAAAAUUCUUGACGACCAACAAGAUCGACAGCGCGACUUCGCACAAAAUUUCCAGGGACAUAUCUUGGCCGGCAUUGAUGCCGCCAGGAAGGAAGGUGGAGAGCUAGGCCGUGCCGCAGGUCUGCUAGUGAAGACACUGGAACGCGCACAAUCUUCUUGA